AUGGACACCGAUCCUCUGAUGGAUCAUGCCCACAGGGUGCGAAAACCAAGAAGCUUGACAGCGGACAUUACACGUGAUAUUGUGGUAAAGAUGCAUUAUUUCUACGUAAAGGAGGCCUUACUGCAAAUACACCGCAAAGCCCAAGACCUUCCUGUGGAAUACCAGAACAUAGCAAUAUUCCCAGACCUAACAGCUGCAACAAUGCCGAAAAGAUGGAAAUUUAUCAAUGUGACCAAGAUACUCCGCAACCACAAAAUAGUUCUAUGA